AUGAAACUUCCACGCCAACUGCAAAUUGACAAUGACACAGGCCGUGUUGACCGCCUUGUUUCUCCACGACGGGAAACCCUGCGUUUUCUCGUCAGCCCCCUGGCGUCCGCCAUAUCCACUUUCCAUGCAAGAUGGCACGAUGUUCUGCCCAGCCUCAACUGCGCCCUAGACCUGGGUCACCAAACUCAAAAUGUAUUCCAACAACACCUCCAGAGAUCGGCCGAGGUGAGGAGCCCAUCCGCAUCCACCUUGGCAACGCAGAAUCCCCGUGCGACGCGGCCCUAUUAUGCGCUGGAGUGGCUCUACCGCCCCUUCGACGGUGGUGAGUGGUCCCGUCGCGGCUAUCAGACUUCAACUCCAGCCUACAGACUUUUGGCCAAUAUCACCUUGAUCGUUUUAGCCUUUCGGCAUCUAUAUCUGGCAUCGACCACACCUCUUUCCUGGACAAAAGGCCCCCUUGCCCAAGCGAGAUUUACUCGUAUCCAGCCUUUCAGCCACGGGUUUUGA